UCACGCCCUGAGUGGAGGCCCGUCCGGUGUCUGCAUGCAGCCCAGACAUACAAAAGACAACACUAGGUUUGGAUGUAUGCAUUUCUAAUGGCUGACUGACUGACUUACCGAACAGGCAGUGGGUGCGGCCCGGUCCUCGUCACUCUCCUCAGCAUGCCCCCGCCAAUACGCUGCAUAUCACACACACAAAACAAAACAAACAGGCGAUGUAUUCGCAAAAAAUCACUCAUUCAUACACGCCUUCGUAUCACAGCAUCUAACACCUGGCUGUGCUCUCAUUUGGUCACCUCUACAUGCACGAGUGGUCCUCUGCAGAUUCCAGUGCGUCCUCAAACAAAACAUGAAUCGGCCGGGAUAUAAAAUGUACGCAGCGAUGAAAGGCCGCACUGAAAGAGAACAGAAGGGAACAUCGACUCUCAGUCCAUGUGCAUCUCUCUUUCUCUCUUCACCUGUGCACGUAGCAUGUCUCCUAUUGCAUGUCUCCUAUUGCAUCAAGGAAGUCCUCGAUGACCCAGACCGCCUCGCCCAUGUCGUAGAGCGUCGGGAUAAGCCGUGGCAGCCGGAUGACAAUCGUGUCUUACUGCUGAUGGGAGAAGAAGCGGUCGAAUGAGCCUGCCGGCUGAGUGCGGUCGUCAGGGAGCCUCACUCAGGACUCCUUCGCCCUUCACCUCCAU